AUGUUUCGAUCUGAUUCCCAUUUCCUAAUGGUAACAAACUUGCGGUUUUUAGAACUGCAAAAAAUGUUACUAAAUAGAUUCCAAAUUUUUAAAAAUGAAGAAAUAAGAAUAUUAAAAAAAGAUAAUAUGAAAAGAAUUUUAUAUGAAUGGGCGAAAUUUUUAACAAAAGAAAAUAUAAAAACAAAUAUAACAAAUAUUCCUGAAAAAGUAUUAGAAAAUAAAAUAGUGACUAAAAUAAUAAAUGAUGAUAUUGAUUGUAAAUGGCUAGUUAAUAAAAUCAAUGUUAAAAAUCAAAAUGAAAAUAAUAUCAUAAAAAAUCAAGAAUUAAAAAAAAUUGAUAAUCUUCAUUUUGAUGACUACCCCAAUUUAUUUUAUUACGAAUACCCACAAUUCCCAUAUAAUUAUUAUGACAAAAAAAAAAUGACCAAUUUUUAUUCACUUAUAAAAUUUCCAUAUAACGAUAUAAUUAACAUUUCGAGAAAAAUCAAAACUGACGAGGAGACAGAACAGAAUGGUCAGGAGAGAGAAAAGAAUGGUCAGGAAACCGAACAACAUGAAAUCACAGACAUGUUACAUCCCGACAAAGAUAUUUUAAAUUGUGAUAACUACUCUUGUGACAAUUAUAUUUAUGCUCCAUCAGAAAUGGAAACAUCGAAAGAAAAUUAUCAUCAAACAUAA